AUGCCAUUUUAUUUGAUUGACAUUUUUUCGGAAAUGCGUCCUAAAGAUAUUAAAUUAUUUACAGAACUUUAUCAAAACAUAUCAAACGAAUUUUCAUACAUCGUCAAACCGAAAAAUGAGAAACUAGCAGUGCUGUUAUAUAACAGGGGCUUUAAAUUCGAAAACUUCAAAUCUGAAAUUGAAGAAGAAGAAAUUCUGAAUUUGUAUUCAACAGAAUCUCCUUUAUUCUAUAUUGCAUGGGAUAAAGUUGAUGACCUUAAGAGAAAAUUCCCUAAUCUUGAUAUUGAUAAGGAAAUAGAUAAUAAAUUCAUUCCACAUGAUCUUAAGAAUAAAUUCCCAAAUCUUGAUAUUAAUCACGGGAUUAAUAAGAUCACUCCACUCGAUUGUGCAAUUAAAUACGGAUCAGAAUUGUGUUUCAAUUACUUGAAAAAUUUAGGAGCUUAUUAUACUAAAAAAUCCGAAGAAUAUGCCAUUCAAGGAGGAAAUCAAAACAUUUUUAUGCAAAUGAUAGAAGAUGGUAAAUCAUUUGAUAAAAUGCUAAAUAUAGCAUUAGAUUAUCAACAACACGAAAUUUCUGAGUACCUUAAAUCAAAUUUUGGACAAACUCAUAAUUCAAUAGCAGAAAGCAUGUAUUUUGGUAAUUAUGACGUUGCAUCUUAUUUACUUUCUAAUGGAGCAGAUAUCAACGAUAUUUACAUUUCUAUUCAUUUUAUAUCUAUCAUAGUUUUAUUGCAUUUUCUUUAUUUUAUUAUUAUUCAUUAUUUUAUUGGAUUCUCGCUUUUAUUGUCACCUAUGAAUCCCCACUAA